ACGAUUUAUUAUCGGUUUCGAUGUGUAGUGCCGUUUUUUUAAUUUCAUAGACUGUAUAAAUAAGUCCAUUUAGCAAUAUUGACAUUAAUGGCAGUCUGUCAGAUAGCGAUCUCAGCUGAGCUGGCUCUCACCUUACGUUAAGGUAUGUUAACAUCUGUAACGUUAACCUCUGAUGCAUGAAUUAUGAAAGCCUGAGUCAAUUUUUUUUAAAUGUGUUUUUACUCUUCUUAGAACAUGAAAAAAACAAAUAUUCACUUUUUUUUUUUUUUUAAAUAUGAUUCUUUCAGAAAGUUACAGACAUGUCCACUACACUGGACUACAUGCGCUUAAACACUCAACACAAACAGAAUAAACUUAAUGGAAGAAUGAAUCAAAUUCAAUUUUAUCAUAAAUCCAUGAACAGCUAUUUCAUUUUAUGCUUUGAAAAGCAUUUAACUAUACUUUCACACACCUCAACGUUCUAUAGACCUAUUAUUUAGGCCGAAAUAAGAAAGCAAACAGCGCUAGCAACUGUAAAGCUUCCAUCUAAGCUUUCAAAACAUCUCUAAAAGGAACAUACUCCAUACUUCUUCAAGGGAAUUUCCGGGACCAUUCUAUAGUCUUCCCUAUUCUUUGCUGUACUUGUGUUCUAAAAAUAUGAUAAAAUUAUUUUUUUACUAACACAAACUACAUCUAAUCUGCACAAAAAUUUACAGAUUUUUAAAACUAACAUAAAUACACCAAAAAUGAACUGAAUAUCAAGAUGAAUAAACCACAUGACUUGUAUUGGAAAUAUACUUAGAAAUGCAUGACGUCCACUAUAUUGGACACAUCGUUAAUCGCAAUUUUAGACUUAUUUGAAAUAACAUUUUCAAAACUAAAAUAAUUAUAUUGUUCCUUAGAUAUCCCCGCAUAUCAUCAUAUUUUUUUUACCUCUAGGGUUCUUCUGGUAUAGAAGGAUUGACAAGAUAUCCCAGCAGGGGCCGACCGUGUGGCUGUUUGUCGGCCAUCUUGGAUUCAGAGGAGGUUUACUUGUAGUUCUAACAACCUACCACUCAAUAAACCUUAAUGAAGGGGGGCAGAGAGCAUUCUAACAACUGAUAUGGAAUUCCACCAUAGAAACAAUUGCAUUUAGGAAGAAAAUGACUUUUAAACAGCUGUCCACUGUAGUGACCGCUAUGCGCCAGAGGGUUAAGAGCAACAUCUGUAAAACAGCGAACACGAACACAGCCUGUCACUUGAGUUGCAAGACACAAUAACUUUAGGGAAAACUACAUUUUAUUUUAAGGGGGCCCUAAAUCGGAUUUUAAGGGAAAUCUUAACUUAAUGUGUUUUGUGCAGGCACCAGCUGUUUAGCCAGCUGGUUAACGUUAGCAGCUGUACACUGACUAAAUGGACUUAUUUAUAGUCUAUAAAAUUAAAAACGGCACUACACAUCGAAACCGAUAAUAAAUCGUUCUGGCUAUAGUUAUUACUUACCCAUACAUGUUGUUAAUCCUGCUCAUAGACUGUUCUAUAUAUAGGCCUACAGUCUAUGAUCCUGCUAGUCAUAGACCACUUGACUUGACUGAACUGAACUAGGGAAAACAGUGGUCGAAAGAUUCAGUUGCUAUCAGUUGAUAACAGACAUGUUGUACAACACUGCCAUCUACUGGUUGUCCAGAGGAGGGUGAAUUUGCACGCACAAAUUCAGGGGUAUUUGUUUGUGGAUCGCUGUGCGAUAGGAAUGUCUCAAAAUUACGUCAUCCACAAAUCCACAUAUGCGAUUCACAAAUCCACAAAUGUGAUCCACAAAUGCAGAACCCACGCCUCCCACACACAAAACCAAACAUAUUUAUUUGUAGAUGUCAAAAAUAUAUUUACAAAUACACACAUAUUUGUACAAUUUACUUUAUAUAUUUGUGUAUUUGUGUUUUUGUAUUUACAAAUACACAUAUAUUUUGUGCAUACCUCUUCGAGUUCCCAAGCAGUGUAAAAUAACUCAAAAGUAGAAUCGCAUAAAUGUAAAAGCUGAGACCGCCCACAUAGCAAGAAGCUGGUCUGAGGGCAGAACUGGUAUUCUGCCCUUCCUCCAGUUUUGAUCAAAACAUAUUUUGAAAACCAUCAUUGUUAUGAUCUUAAUAUUUUGGCAAGUUUAAAAUAUUAUGAUGGUAGACAGAAGUGGUGGUGUGAUAUCUAGAAGCUCAAUUUCACUAUCUGGGUUUUUGCUCACAAUUUGGUCCCCCUCACUUUGAAAAUAUCUCCUGCGCCCCUGAGCAUAGAUGUACUGUAGCGAGUCCCUACUGAGAAAACCAGCUAUGCAACUUCCAAGAUCGGCUGCCCACCAAAUCUCGCGAGAAUCGCGUCAGUAUAUAUAUAGCUCUUUGGGGAUAGUUUUUGCCUCUUUACCUCCACAACAAAUGCAUUUGCGUUGUGUACAGGGGGGGAAAGUUGUGAGAAGUUUGCUAUUUACAGUAGCAGAGUAACAUAUAAAUACAUCGCGGCUCUAGAGGGAGCUCUACAGUCGCCAAAAAUAUCUAAACCUCCAUAGUGUACCUUUAAUUGCUCCUACACUGGGCUGUCACAUUUUGUCACGUUCAGAGACAAAAGCAGUGACGAUUGACACCAUGAUGCUGCCUGAUCUGAAGUAGCCUAAUUUAUGCCUACAGUGUACACAAUGCCAUGAUCUGUAAGUAGCCUAGGCUGCAGGUUAAAAUAUUCCAAAUCAAUUUUACAAAUGAAAGCCUAGUCUAUUUUAUAUAAUAUAUGUGUGUGUCUCAAGCAAGUUCAUUUAUUACCAGGUUUGGCCCAACAAAUAUGCAGACUUAUCAUCCUUUUUCAAAUAGUCUACUAUCAAGUGUCCAUUAGUGUCCUAUACAAUCUUCAGAAUCAGAAUCAGCUAUAUUGGCCAGGUUUGCCUAAACAAACAAGGAAUUCAACUCAGGUUAUUCUUUGCUCUCAAAGUACAACACUCACUUGACAAAUAAGAAAAAUAAAAAAAAACAUAAAAGAAUAAAAACAGAACAGUACAAAUAGGAUGAAGGGCAGUAAAAUAUGACUAUGUAUACGUAUAAAUACAGUAUACAUUUGCAAAUAAAUAGAACACUAUGGGUGGGAUAGGGUAAUGCAAUUGUCCGGAGGGGGAGUGAGGCUGGGGAUGUCCGCCUCCUUGUUGUCCCAGUCAAGAUUGCCAUGGUCGUGGACACCUCAACAGGCACAGGUAAGAUCAACUAUACAAUUGAAAAGAGGGUGGGAAUAGUGCAAUAUCAGUAUAGACUGAAAGAUUAAAUAUAAAUAUAUAAGGCAGUUCAGUGCAAUAAUAAUAAUAAUAUAAUGCAAUAACAAUAAAGUUCAGUGUAUUAAUAAUAAUAUUUUAACUGUAAGAUUGAAGCACACAUGAGGUAGAUGAGCACAACAGUGUUGAUUGACUUUGUAGUGCAAGUGUGGGGGUUAUUUCUAAGCGUUCAACAGAGUGACUGCUUGGGGGACUGCUUUGUGUCAUCUGGUUUUGGCGAACAGUGCCCUGUAUUGUCUACCAGAGGGAAGGAGGUUGUGACCAGGAUGUGAGGGGUCUGCAGAGAUUUUUGCUGCCCUUUUCCUGACCCUGAACCGGUACAGGUCCUGGAUGGAGGGAAGGUCAGCACCAAUGAUCCUCUCUGCAAGCCCUAAUUGUCCCAUUUGGUGGCUGACCCAAACCAGACAGUGAUGGAGGUGCGGAUGAUAGCUGAAUGAUGGCUGAGUAGAAAGUGUUGGUGUAGAUUGCAGAUGCUGAAUCCCAGUGGACUGAACAGACAUGAUGCAGAGGAAGCUGGCGCUGCUGGUUGGCAUCACCACGUUUACCCUCCUCCUGGUGCUGAGGUGGGAGCACGUGAUACGCCUGGUGAGCCUGAUGAGAAGCGAAAUACCCUCAGCUGAGUCUGAACCGCAGACAGACCAGCCAUCAGCAGAGCCUACACUGCCACCAUGGCAACGGGCACCCACGGAGACCAUCACCCCCAUCCCAGGCUCCAGACACUUAAUGGUGUCUGCCUUUAAGGACCACAGACGGGGCGGAGUCAUCCGGGUCAUCAGCAUCAUCUGCAGACAGGAGCUGCAGCCGCUCUACUGCGUCCUGUGUGCCAAUGAUGAUGCUAACACUCAUGCUAACGCUAAUGCUAGUCCAAAUGCUAAGGCUAAUGGUCGGUGUAUGACUUCACAGGCAAAAGUCGAUAUUCACAGCGACCACUUUGGCUUUCCUUUUCACACUUCAGACGUGUUUUGCACUACUACCACAUCACAGCAAGCCUUAUAUGAGCAAGCCUCUUAUGUCAGCAUAACAUCUGACCCAAACACCACUGACAAUAUGACUUUUUUAACAAUCCAAAACCAUGAGAUCAAAGAAUCUUUUAAGUACAAAUUUACUAUAUGCAUAUCUAACCUUUUUGGGGGUUACAAUAAUGCCCUCCAGUUUGCACAGACCAUGGAGGUGUACAAGCUGAUUGGGGUUCAGAGGGUUGUCAUCUACAACACCAGCUGUGGGCCGGAUGUUGAGAAAGUCCUCAGGUAUUACAGUAGAGAGGGUAUGCUGGAAGUUGUGCCUUGGCCAAUAGACAAGUUCCUAACGCCCUCUACUGGGUGGAGGUAUGACUUGCACCACGGUGACAUUCAUUAUUAUGGACAGCUGGCCACUCUGAAUGAAUGUAUAUACAGAUAUAUGUACCAGUCAAAGUACCUCCUGCUGAAUGACAUUGAUGAGAUCAUUAUGCCUUACAAACAUGGUAAACUGGAGAAGCUAAUGGACACAUUGCAGCAGCAACACCCCAAUGCAGGGGUCUUCAGGAUUGAGAAUCACAUCUUCCCCAAAACGCAGUUUGAAGACACUGGGCGAUUUCGUCUGCCUCAGUGGAGGCGUGUGCCUGGUGUGAACAUCCUGGAGCACAUCUACCGAGAGCCAGACAGGAAGAACGUGUUCAACCCCACCAAGCUGCUGAUUGACCCCCGGAGAGUGGAGCGGACUUCGGUCCACUCCACACUGAACCAGUUUGGACCCGUUGUCAUUGUCCCAUUCGAUGUUUGCCGCAUAAUCCAUGUCAGGGCCCCUCUGCAAGGACACCUGGCCAAAGACCAGUUGCUUGUGGACAAGAAACUCUGGGAGUUUGAGAAGCGUUUAAUUCCCAGCAUUGAUAACGCACUGAAUCAGUCAGGUCUGUGAGUCAAUGAUGUCCCCAGCUGUGGCAUCACCACUGUUUAGCAAAUAGAAUCACCUUUGUAUCUUUGGUACGCUCAUUGUAAGAAAACAAAUGAACAUCUGACUAAAAUGUGCUCUAGUUUUACAAACGUAUGGGCUGGGGGGCACUGGCUGAUGGCUCUGGACUGGCAGGCCAGACAAGGUCCAUCGCAGCCCAGGACAAACAUGCAUGAGUAGGCUACACCUCAAAGUCAAGGUCCUUCCCAGUCUGGUCCCUUAGAGACGAGCCAUGGCUCCUUCCUCGCAGUCGGACAACACAUACACUGGAAACAGACUAGUGACCCCAUUUUGAUGUCACAAAACAUUGGCGACCCCAAUCAUUCACAUGUUGCCAGAGACAGCGCAACUCACCUCUGCUAACAUCCAGACAAAUGCAGUACUUUGAUUUUCUCCAAAUGUCGUUUCUCGCCUGGUUGUCUCGAACAUUGAUCAAGUAUAAUUCCAUCAAUCAAACUUGCCAGGCGGGCUGUCUAACUUUAUUUUCACUUAGCUAGAUUGUAAUGAAGGAUCGGUCACUAUAACUUGGAUAUCAUAUGGUUUUUAAUAUGUUUCACUUAUGUUUAUUUGUAUGUAAUGCACUGGUCAAUUGUAAGAGACCCAGUAUCUCAGCUGACCCCAUUUGAACUUCAGGUGACCCCACAUGGGGUCCCGAACAAAGAUAUUAGAAAGCUAUACACCGCAUUGUCCGUCGAGUUCUAUUAGAUGGCAUACGUGAAAACAGUCACCAUAUUGCUGGCGGCAAACACCUUACUGUCUAUGGGCAACACUUUCCUGCAAUCAGAAACACGCUGUUUCUCCAUUGGCCACCAGUGAUUGUUUCCCCCACCAUGAUGGCGGCGUUAUUUGUUCUGCAGCACAAUGCAGUAUUUAGCUUUCUAAUAUCUAUGGUCUCGACCCCAGGAGGACAUGUUAUUAUAUGUUCUGUAGCACAAUGCGGUAUUUAGCCUUCUAAUAUCUAUGGUCUCGACCCCAGGAGGACAUGUUAUUAUAUGUUCUGUAGCACAAUGCGGUAUUUAGCCUUCUAAUAUCUAUGGUCCCGACCCCAGGAGGACAUGUUAGUGAACAUGAACAUGAUAAAUGAUAAAUGAUUAAAUAAAUUAUUAUGAUGUUGUUUUU